AUUCGCAGUAUGAGUAAACGACAUGUUGUAAAGCUUUUCUACGAUGUAAUAUCUCCCUAUUCAUGGCUGGGCUUUGAGACUUUAUGUCGCUACCGUACGCUGUGGGCGCUAGAUCUUCGCUUCUGCCCAGUGUUUCUUGGAGCAAUUAUGGGAGCAACAAAUAUUACACCACCUGGGAUGAUCCCAAGGAAAGGUAAAUACAUGGAGAAGGACUUGCAGAGGCUUAAAGAAUUGUAUUGUGUUCCACUCAAUCUUCCAUCAGAUCCAGCAGAAGUGAUGUUUAAUAAAGGAUCUUUAUCAGCUCAACGAUUGCUAACUGCAACAAAGAUGUCUUACCCAAAUUAUGUAGAGAAUCUUUCUAGGGCCUUGUGGACGCGAGUUUGGUCAAAGGAUUUAGAUAUAGCAAGUCGGGGAAGUUUGAAGGAGGCAUGCCAAAAUUGUGGUAUGGACAGCAAAGUAAUUGAAGAAAUUCUUGGCCGUUUGUCGGAUCAAGAUGUGAAAGAUGAAUUGAGGAAAACUACUGAUGAAGUUCUGAGUUAUGGUGCUUUUGGUGCACCAACUAUAGUAAUCUUUAAUGAUGAUGGUAAAGCUGAUAUGUUCUUUGGUUCUGAUCGUUUUGAGCUGAUUGCUCAUCUCCUUGGUGUUCGUUGGCUAGGGCCUCACCCAUCGAAACUAUAAUAUGCAACAGUCAAACUGCUGGUAGGAUGUAUGGUGAAAUUGAUUAUUUAGCUGAUUAGCUAGAACAAAACAAUUGGCUAUUGUAGUUGUCAGUGCAUAUCACAUCAUUGUAACAUUGUUGUGGCAAUAAAACCCUGUUUGACAUU